AGACGUGUAUUCGACGUGCGUCGUGUCGCAGUUGUAUCACACUGCAUUCUACCGCACACGCCGUUUCUAUCUACACUCUUUCGCACUCUCUCGCACCUUCCUCUGCUUCUGUUGCUAGCUUUAUUACAUUUCAACUCGAGUGCGGAAAGUACAUUCGAGUGCAACUGAAAGAAAUCAAGAGACGAUCCGUCGAGACAGACACAGACGUGUUCUCCGAUUGAGCCCCAUUGGACGCUUGUUGCCGUCGUGAUGGACAUCGAUGCCGGGUCCUGCAUCCAGGACUGGGACGAUCUAACACAAGAAUACAAGAACCUCGAGGCACUAAACAGGGAGUAUCUUGCAAAAUUAGAGGAGGUUGGUGAACUGCAAGCAAAAUGUGUAAAAGAGAUUUCUCAUCAAAGGUAUCGGAUGAAUGCUAUAUCUAAAUCCAUGAAACAUUUGAAUAUAAAGGGGGCACAAGAGAAAUUACAGAAAUCUAUGAUAAGAAGAGAACAACAACUUCAUGAAAUAGAGCAAACUUUGCCAAAAUCAAAUGGCACAUACCUCCAAAUUAUUCUGGGCAAUGUCAAUGUAUCUAUAUUAAACAAAAGUGAUAAAUUCAAAUACAAAGAUGAAUAUGAGAAAUUUAAAUUAGUCUUAUCAGUAAUUGGAUUUGUUUUGUCUGUGUUAAAUCUGUUUAUCAAUAUAAGGACUCUAGAACUUAGUUUUAUGUUCCUCCUGGUCUGGUAUUAUUGCACAUUAACAAUAAGGGAAAGCAUACUUAAAGUGAAUGGUUCAAGAAUUAAAGGCUGGUGGAGAUUUCAUCACUUCCUCUCAACUGUAGUAUCUGGUGUUUUACUAGUAUGGCCAAACACAGGAGCGUGGUACCAAUUCCGUGGCCAGUUCAUGUGGUUUAACGUAUAUAUCAGCGUAGUUCAAUACUUACAAUUUCGAUACCAACGUGGCGUCCUGUAUCGAUUAAAAGCAUUGGGUGAGAGGGACAACAUGGACAUCACCAUCGAAGGAUUCCAUUCGUGGAUGUGGCGUGGUCUUUCGUUCUUGCUACCAUUCCUUUUUCUAGGCUACCUUUUUCAGCUAUAUAAUGCAUACACAUUAUAUAAGCUGACGUUCCAUCCAGAAGCGACAUGGCACGUGCCGGUGCUUAGCGCAAUGUUCCUAGUACUGUUCCUGGGCAAUAUAACAACUACCAUUAUGGUGAUUCCUCAAAAACGUCGGGAACAUGUGAAAGACCAUCUGUUCGCGUCUACGGAGGAAAACGCACACGAUAAAGAGAACAAGAGUGCGAAGAACGAGUAAAAAAAGAAAAAAAAGACACGAUACUUCCGGCUAAUCGGUUGGUUGGAGCCACAACUAGGUUAUUGAAGCCGGAUUACAACGAGGAACUAAACAGAUGAGACUAUUUUGUUGUAUAUGGUGCUGGUGUCAGUUUUUUCUAACGUAACAACGGUACUUAUCUUUUUUUCUUUCUUUCCGCUGCGUUGUCGUUGCGCUCGAAUCGUAUGCAUGAAGAAAAAACGAAUAAACAGGCAAGUUAAUCGAAAGCAUGACACGUUUAUAAAUGACUUCGAAUGCGCAACGUGAAGCGUUUUCGAUUAUGCUCUUGAACAAAGUUUGCCAUCGAGUAUUCUCUCGUGAAUACUCUUUCUACAGGCUGUCCUGAAAUAAACGAACUCAAUCUCGACGAUAUAUUUUGCAAUAAGUUUUGAGUCGAUUCUUUUUGAGAGAAAGUGAAUAAGAUUUUCCUGCUGUCUUCCUAUUUUUAAUUCCGUAAGAUACGUGUAGGUUUGAAGAUUCCGUGUUAAGUCGAAAUCUGCUAAUAGUACACUAAAAGAUGUUACUUCAUUCCUUUAUCUUUUUUACGUUACAUUCUAUUAUACAAAAUUUUCAUUUUCAAUCGCUAAAUUAUCCAAAGACGACGCAGUAUUUUGUCACAUGACUAACUUUUAGCAAAUUUAUAACAAAUUUUAUGCCGGAUUUAAAUAUGUAAUCAGAUUUUUAUAUCACCAAAGAUUUUAAUUUGAUUUUUCCAUCACACGAGAUUUUAAAAUUAUUAAAAUAUUUUAGUUCAAAGGGAUAUAUAAUUUCUCGCAAGUUAUAUAUUUCCAUAAAAACUAGAGUGAGAAAAAAAUUCCGAGUAUAUAUAUGAAUUUAGCACUAAAAAUCUGCAUGAAGAAUAUUUCGAGUAAUCUAUGUGACAAAAUGACUGUCGAAUAGUGUUGUUCAACGUCUAAGUGUGAAAGAAGAUGAAUUCUAAAACGGUCAUAGGAUCGUCGCAGUUCGGCCUGAUUAUUCCGGGACAUCCUGCAUACGAUUUUCAUUCAGAUUACAUCGAACACACGCAUUUAUUUUCAAUCGCAUUAACAUUGAACUGUCAUGCUAUAUCAUGAUAGUGAUCGCGUAUCGGCGUCAUAUUGGAUGAGAGAUCGAUGUCGAUUAAUUUAUUCGCGGAAACGUAUAUGUAUAUAUACAAGAUAUAUACGCGAAUAAUGUGACCUGGGAUAAUAAAGAAAAGGAUGAAAAAUAUAAAUUAUUUGAUCAUCUUUGUUUAGAUCAGCCUGUGCACAUACAUUUGCAUAUAUGUACGCACACGCACAUGUUUGUAAAUUACAUAGCUCCUCUAUAAGUAUACAUAUAUAUCAAAUACAAGAGGCGAGAGUCGGUAGAAACGAAACGCUGAGAUGUUUCUCUUGGAUUUGGGAACAUGGUAAAAUACAUAGAAAUAUAGAAGAAACACGCGAAAUCGUUUUCAAGAUAAAAACGACUCGCCAACUUUGAAAGAAAUAACUCGAUGCAAAAGAAAAUCCUGUUCAUUGUCUUUCAAGGUAUUGUGUUCUACGUAUUUUUCGUAUCUUCCAGCCAAAGACAGACGCUCCAGCGUUUUGUUUUCAUUGACUCACCCGGUCGAAGUGUACAAUCGAUAUCGCGUCGAUUUUUUUGUACGUUCGUGCGCAAUUCUCAAAUAUUUGUUCGAUGAUCAGAAUGAUAAUUUCUUAUUGCGCAAAAACUUAGGUGAUACAACUCAUGUACCAUAUGAUUAUUAUUGCGCUGUCGAUGUAUUUAUUAAGACGAAUGUGUAAAUAAAAACCGAGCCGCCUAAUGCUACAAUAUACGAAGGAACGGAAUUCGUCGGUAGUUAAUCGCUACGCAUCGACUUGCUAAUUUCCCUUUUCUUUAUGUUUCUCUUCCUCUGUUCUUUUUUCUUACACUUCCACUCGCGCAUCACAAGUAGACGCAAAAACGCGCUUCUCGUCGAUGUACACUUGAUAGCGAUCAAGUAUACAUUUUACUGUAUGCUCAAUUUGUAACACAAUGGUGAUAGUAAAACAUAUAUAUAUACAUAUAUA